GAAACAAUCAUCAAAGACCUCAACGAGUUAGCUAAGCAAAAUGAAAUUUCUACAAUUUUUGAUUGUCUUCGGUGUAUGCCUGUUUACUUGGGCUGAUGUCAGCCACAUAAGCCGGCGCUACUUGCCCGUUGUCUCCAACGAUGGUAUAGAAGAUGAUCAACUUGAUGAUAGAACCCUCUCACAUCAUCAAGAUCAACAAUAUUACAACAACAACUACAACUAUCAGCAAUAUCAACCCAACUAUCCAUAUGGUUCAUCUGUUUAUGGCGCUGGCUAUUAUCCUCAAUAUUUCACUCCUUCAGUGGGUGGAGGAGGAGGUGGAUAUUAUGGAUCUUCGGGCUACCAAGGACAAUAUCAAUCAAAUGCUGGUAUUUAUGGAGGCAUUGGCUUGGGUCUGGGCGCCCAGGUGGCCAAACCCUUUUCCCUUGAAGCCAGGGGUCACCUUGGUGGCGUGCGUGGUACAGUGAUUCAAACCAAGGAUGGUUAUAUUUACAAUAAGAAGAAAUGA